AAUGAACAAACACUCACGAAGCACGUGAGCGUUUAUUCGUCUGCGGCUCUCUGGCUCCGCCCACCGGCGUCCUGCCACUGUGCCCGCGGCCACACCUGCAGAGAACCGACAGAGACCCGGUGACCGAACACCGGACCGGACACCAGCACCGAUACCGCAGCUCGCUGCGACCAGGACCUCAGGACUUACCGACGGCCGGAACCGACGCUCCGCCGGGCCAAACACGGAUUCAGGAUCCGCCGUGAGGACGAGGAGGAAGGACGCAGGUGACGGCAAACUGAGCGAGUUCUUGGAUUUCUGCUUCGGAUGUUGCCGCACUGAGGAUUUGGAUCCGGAUUGGAUUUUCCGUACGGAUCCCUGCAGCUCAUGUGUAAAUAGACAUGGGAACAUAACACGACUGUAGUACUCGACCCACCUGGGAGGGAUUUGGAACACAGUAUACAGUAACCUCUGGAAUUUUCUGUUGCCGUUGACAGACUGGUGGCAGCGUUAGUCGAUUAAAAAUGAACUGAAAGGUUUGUCAGGUGUGUCUGGGUUUUUCCCGCAGGGGUGUUGGCUUCAUUAAUCAGGCUGGGACCGGCAGCAGAAUGCCUGAACUGGAUGACUUUCCCCCCAUGAGGGACCCCGGAAGCCCUGAACUGGGCCUUAACGGUCCAGUGGACCCAGUCCAGAUUCAGCACAACAUCCUGGACGAGCAGGUGGAGCUGUGGUGGUUCAGGGAUCCCGGAAGAUCUCUGCUCUGCUACUGUGUUGCUGUGCUGCUCAUCCUGGCCUGCGGGCUGGGAGGCGUUGGACUUCUCUCAACCACAACCAGCGUCUCAAGCGAAUGGCGGCUUGGCGCGGGCACGGCCCUCUGCCUGCUGGCACUCGGGGUCCUCCUCAAACAGCUGCUCAGCUCGGCCGUGCAGGACAUGAACUGCGUUCGGAGCCAGCGAAGGAUAAACAUGCUUAAAAGUGGCGGUUUGUCAGACCUGCUCGUGGUUUUGAUUGCCGGGCUGUUGCUGCUGAUUUGUGGAGCAGUUCUCCUGCGGUUUGCCUUGGCUAAUCACAUGCCAAAGCCCGGCCAAGCCCUGAAUGACAUGUACAUAUCUGGGGUGGUGUUGCUCGCUGGAGGUGGUGCCGCAGUCGCGGGAGCAGGAAUAUAUGCUGCUGUGGUCAUGGUGCUGGACAGGACGAGGCACAGGUGGAGGUUGAUGGACAGGGUUUUAAACAUCUUCACCGUUUCUGGACACAUGGACCGGCAGGCGCACAGAGAGACUACCUCCAGUCUUGCUAACCUUAUAUGAGAUGGAACCACGUUAGGGCAGCAGAUGUUGGCAUCGGACCUUUCGUGCUAGAAUCUUUAUCCACCACUGAAGAGUGGCGACUUGGAGAAAGUAGAGAGGUUUUGAGAUCAGAAUCGUAACUAAAUUCAAGCGAUUCCUCUCUUGCACCCCUCGGCUUUUGUUCUGUGCUAAAUACAGGCUGUAUGAGGUGAUUGGGAUUAAGGCAGCAGCCUCGUCUGAGCAAGAUGGUACCAGCACUGUUGAACCAGAUCCAACACGUCUUGACAGCUCACAUUUGUGGCCGACAUAAAACAGCCUGCCCCCAGUGGACAGGAUCAUAAUACAUGAGAUAAUACAAUUAUCAUUGUUGUGAUCCAUUUUUCCUUUUGUCAGUCUGCGGAAAAAAUAAUACAUCUAACACUCCUCCAUUUGUCGAUUCUUAACUAUGCUGAUGCGGGGCGCUGUUUCCCCAAAAUACAAAUAACAUCAGAACCCAUCCAUCUUAGAGCUGCAUCCAGAAUUAGAUCUGUGUCGAGAUCUAAUGACAUUUUCUCUAAUCCAAGGUAUACAAGUCCACCAAACUUCAUUGAAGUACUUAAAUACUUUUGAAAUAUCCUUUUGACAAUCAGACAGCCGCGUGUGGGUUGUUGCCUCAGCCUGCUGAUGCCGCCGCACACCUGGCUGAUUCUUGCACAAACCCUGCACGGCUGUAAAAAUAUCAAGAAAGCUGUGAGAUUUGUCAGGCGCUCCUGCUUCUGGCUCAUCGUCAGAUUCAGGCUGAACAGGCUGUCGGAUAAACUUUCCUGCCACCUUCACAUUGUAACACUUCAUUUAUGAUACUUUAUUCAUCAUAUUUGUUUUUCUUCUUCUUCACAUGUGACAAAGAGCAGGUACAAAGUCAGAUCCUGUGGCAUUGCUUGGAGUUCACAACAUGUGGCUUGUAUUUGACUGACGAAAUCUGAAUUAUUAAAGAUGCAA